CUGCAAAUAGGUUAAUUAGCCUUAAUCAUGAUGGCCCCAUCUUAACAACCCUGUCUGCCAUUAUAAUUCUACAGUGGCACCAAGAGUAUCAAAAUAAGUCUUAGACAAUUUUCAUCAGGAUAGCAACUUCUGAUUGUCAUAAUUUAGAUGCAAAAAUGAGUAAAUUAAUUAUGAAGAAAUGCAUGCACUUCGCACUAAAGGCCAUGAACCUGAAGAAAGUGACCAAGCAUGUGGGCUAAAGACCGACCCACCAGCAUAAUAUCAGAAAGUACUCAGAAUUGUGAGUAUUAGUAAAGGGUGAAACAGGCAGAAUCUUAUAAAGGAUGUUCAGAGGAAAGCAAAUGUUCCACUGGAAAAGAUAAUAAGUCCAUGUGAGGAUGCUAAAUUUCAAACGUAAAUAAAAUAACAGAUGAAAGAUAAGGCCAUUUCUUCCAAUAUUAUUCCAAAGAUGCCACCAAUAACCAAAAAGACUAGGGAGAAAGUAACAUUCCCUUAGCAGAUCUAAAGUAGAUUCUUUGUUUUACACUUUCUAACCUCCCCCCCAUCAUCAAAGAAACCCUCUCUGCAAUUUUGUUCAUAUCAUCUGAAGGGCCAAAUAAGCAACAGGAAAAAGGGGAGAGAAUGCAAACAUCCAAGAAACUCAACUUUCUACAUUUUCUCCUUUCCCUCAUGCUCUUCUUUACCACCUCCACAGCCCAACACACUCGCCCAAACCAUUGUGGGAACAUUAAGCUUCAAACACCUUUCCUAAGUCAAAAUUCCUCCAUCUCAUCCCUCUUAACCCGUAUGAUCAAAUGCAAAUCUCAGAAGCUAUAUUUUAGAACUUCUAUUGGUCUUUUUCCUAUCUCUUCUAUUGAUUACACUAGCAAAACACUAACAAUCUCUCACCCCUCUUGUUCUUCUUCACAGCAGUAUGUAUCCCCAGCACUCCUCUCUGCUGGUUUCCCUUCUCCUCCUCUCCCCAACUCACUUCUUCUCUUCAACUGCUCAAGCAAAAGGCAUCCCAAAUCAUCAUUGAUCCACAACUGCACUCGCUUACACAUAUGUGGAGCUGCUUUUGAAGUCCAGGAACCAGAAAUUAAAGUGCCCUAUUCAUGUCUACUUGUCCAAGAUAUUGAAAAGCUUGACACUAACUUUCAUCCAAAUGAUUUGAGUUGCUCAGAUUACAGGAGGGUAUAUAGAAGGUCUUUAAGUGAGGAAGACUAUGAAGGAGUUGAGCUGGGGACAAGGAUUUCUUUCGACAUUCCUGACCAUGUACCAGAUAUCUGUAAUGAAUGUAAAAAGCCUAAUGGCAAUUGUGGUGUUGGGUUGAAGUGCAUCUGCCAUGCAAAAGAGUGCAAAGAUAAGGUCAUUUCAGCAGCCAGAUCACUGAGCACUGGUAUUAGCUUCCUAUUUCCCUUGUUUUCUAUCAUUGUUCUGAUGAAUUUCGGGAUAAUAUGAGAAAUUUUGAAACGUCAAAUAGAGAGAACAAACACUGUAUUUUUUUCGCUUUUCUUCCUCAUGGAUGUAAAUUUAUAUCUCCAUUUAGUUUUCAACUGGAUUGCUCUUUAUGUUCUUUA